GGGAGCCCGGCAAGUAACAUGACUAAAAAGAAGCGGGAGAAUCUGGGCGUCGCAUUAGAGAUAGAUGGGCUGGAGAAGAAGCUGUCACGAUGCUGGAGAGACCUGGAGGCUGUGAACUCUAGGCUCUAUGGGGCAGAGCUGAGCUCAGAGGCCAGGAGUUCUCUGGAGAAGGAGAAAAGCAGCCUGAUGAACAAAGCCUCCAACUAUGAGAAGGAGCUGGAGUUGCUUCGGCAGGAGAACCGGAAGAACAUGCUGCUGUCUGUGGCCAUCUUCCUCCUUCUGACGCUUAUCUACGCCUACUGGACACUGUGAGCCUGAGAUUUCUCCAGUCAGCACAGGCUUCCCCUCAGCUCCAUGGUCACGGCCAACCAGGCCCUUCAAACCUCAAGAGGACCAAGGUACAAGGGCCAUUUCUCCCUGACCCAGACAUCGGAGCAGGGCUUCCUGUCAGCCCAGCCCCUCUCGCCUCCCAUUCCUGCUGUGGGGCUUGAGUCUCCAGAAGGACUUUGUGUUGGCUUAGCCCAAGGGAAAGGCAGUAAAGACCACCCUGGCUGCUUCUGUG